CUUGGUGAAUGCGUGAAUGGCCUUAUUGGCCUUUAUUCUGGCGGUGCUCCUUCGAACGAGUGUGCUGUGACUCUUUUCACGUGUUUAGUUUUCUACAAACAUUCGGAACGUCUAAUCGAAAAUCAACAUGGUUGUGAUUUCGUGGCUGCUUCUGCUCGUCAGCGUCCUAGAAUCCUUCGCCGCGGAAUGGAACACGCAGGAUUAUAUGAAGCGAGAGCAUUCUCUAAUCAGGCCAUAUCAAGGCACAGGUAUGACGAUACCUAACUGGGACUUUAUGGGAAGUACAAUGGUAACUAACAAUUAUAUCAGGUUAACACCUGAUUUACAAAGUAAACAAGGUGCCUUAUGGAAUUCUGUGCCAUGCCAUAUACGAAAUUGGGAACUGCAAAUUCAAUUUAAAGUACAUGGAAAGGGAAAGGAUUUAUUUGGGGAUGGUUUUGCUAUUUGGUACGCCAAGGAAAGAAUGAAUCCAGGUCCAGUAUUUGGGAGCCGAGAUUAUUUCCAAGGAUUAGCAGUGAUACUUGAUACAUACAGCAAUCAUAAUGGCCAACAUAACCAUCAGCAUCCUUACAUCUCAGCAAUGAUUAACAAUGGAUCUCUGCAUUAUGAUCACGAUCGUGAUGGCACUCAUACACAACUUGCAGGAUGUGAAGCAAAAUUCAGGAACUUGGACCGUGAUACACACAUAUCUAUAAGAUACGAGAGAGAUACUCUAACUGUUUCAACGGAUCUUGCCAACAAAGCAGCAUGGAAGCAAUGUUUCCAAGUGAAUGAAGUUAAGCUUCCAACAGGAUAUUUUAUUGGAAUUUCUGCUACUACGGGUGAUCUGUCUGAUAAUCAUGACAUAUUGUCAAUGCGUUUAUUUGAAUUAGACUUAAUAGAUGAUCCUAAAGAUCGAGAAGACAGAUCACAAAUUGUGCCAUCAGCAGCGUUCUAUGAUGCACCAAGAGAACGUAUAGAAGAUCCGAAGCAAUCUAGCUGGAGUGGAAUAAAACUUUUCCUACUGAUGUUAUUUGGUGCACUUGUAUUAAUAGUCUGUGUUGUAAUUAUAAUUAUGCUUUAUCAGAAGCAUCAGGAAAAUAGCAGAAAGCGAUUUUACUAAGUCAGGAUUUAAAUAGUGUGUGUGUUUUGAGUGUUGCAGCUUAUCGAUUUCUCCUUUAUCCAAGAUUUCUCAUAUAUAAGAUUUAAGUUAUAACGUACUAUGAGACUGUCCGUAUUUGGUUUCUUUGCUUUAAAAUUAGUAUAAACCUUUUCUUUUUUGUGUGUAAGAAUAAAAGUCUUUGGGGUAAAGGAGAGACAUGUAUAUAUGUGUAUGUAAGUUCUGUAAUAAUUCCAUAUUUACAGAAUGUUACUUUAUUGGAUUAAUUGUCAAUGUCAUUGAUUGGUCUCAAUGUACAUUUAUUUGAUUUUACAAUAGUCAGUAAAAAUACAUAUUUAUUACAGUUUCUUUACCAAAGUUAUUUCUUCUUGAAAUGAAGCCACAUGGAAUUUAACAAAAUAAGUUUUUAUAUAUUUGACCUCUAAAAAUUUAUAGAAUGAGACGACGUAAUGAAUGUAUUGUGACAUAUACAUUGUUAACUGUAUUUUAGAAAGGUCUUGGAAAAAUUUUUAUAUUAUAUUAAUUUCAAGCCAAAUGCUCAUGUAGACAAAAUGUUUGUGGUAAUAUAUCCAGAACUUUUUGUUUAGAUUGGAACAAAUUGAUUCUAAAAUCCAGUGAUUUUAAUUAUUUAAGAAAAUAUAA